AUGCAGCUCUCACAUGCUUUCACGACGCUCAUGGCCUUUGUCGUUAUCGCUGCGGCAUAUCCCACACCGCAGUUGUUGAUGAGAUCGUUGGCUAGGCGUGAGGUGCUUGCCUCAAACCUCCAUGGCUAUCGUAACGCUAGGGACUUCGGGACUUCCAGCUCUGGCUCUGCCAACUUGGUACCCAUCCCGAUUAUCCCGCCCAACUUUGAGUUAGACGCGCCUGAUGGAGUUGAUAAGCGCGGGGAACUCGACUCCAAUGGUCCUACUAGUACCACACCUGAUGGGCCUAACACUAGGUCCUUCAGCCCCCCCAGCGCGCCCGACGAGCCCGACUCGCCUAACUCACCUAACUUCCGUAAGAAGGGCGCAGAGCUUGACUCCAACGGUCCCAGCACACCUCAAGGGCCUAACUCUAGGUCCUUCAGCCCCCCCAGUGCACCUGACGAGCCUGACUCGCCUAACUUGCCUCGGAAGCGCGAAGAGCUUGACUCCAACUCAACAACAUGUCCUACGCUACCUACAGACCCUAAUGAGAGUAGCAAGCGCGACACAAACUCAACCACCUGUCCUACCCUACCUGCCGCACCUACAGACCCUAAUGAGAGCAGCAGGCGCGCGGAGCUUGACUCCAACGGUCUUACCCUACCUGCCGCACCUACAGACCCUAAUGAGAGCAGCAAGCGCGCGGAGCUUGACUCCAACGGUCUUACCCUACCUGCUGCACCUACAGACCCUAAUGAGAGUAGCAAGCGCGCGGAGCUUGACUCCAACGGUCCUGGCACACCCGACCCGCCUAAUACCAGGGAUGUCAGCUCUUCCGCUUUCCCCGGCACACCCGACGAGAGUUCUCCCGGCUCUCCCGGCUCUCCCAGCACGCCCGACUCACGCGACAUGCACUCAGCUGACAAGCGUGACGACGAGUGUUUUUACCCGCCUACCGUACCUGCCUCGAGUAGCAAGCGCGCGGAGACUGACAACACCUGUAUUUACGCACCUGCCGCACCUACAGACCCCAAUUCGAGUAGCAAGCGCGGGGAGCUUGACUCCAACGGUCCUGGCACACCUAGUGCGCCCAACACUAGGGACACCACCCACCGCACAAGUAAUCCCGACUCACUCAACUCGCCCGAGGCGCCCUCCCCCAACUCACCCGAGUUGCCCAACUCUCCUGACUCGGUUGAGAAGCGCGGGGAGCUUGACUCUAACGGUCCUGGCACACCUAGUGCGCCUAAUACCAGGGACGUUAGCCAUCCCAGCGAUCCUGAAGACCCCGUCUCGACUAGAAAGCGCGGGGAAUUUGAUUCUAACGGUCCUGGCACACCUAGUGCGCCUAACACCAGGGAUGUCAGCCACCCCAACGAUCCCGACGAUCCAGUCACACCUGGCAAGCGCGGGGAGCUUGACUCUAACGGCCCUGGCACACCUAGUGCGCCUAACACCAGGGAUGUCAGCCACCCCAGCGCUCCCAAUGAUCCUGACGAUCCCGUCUCGCCUGGCAAGCGCGGGGAGCUUGACUCUAACGGUCCUGGCACACCUAGUGCGCCUAACUCCAGGGACGUCAGCCACGUCAGCUCUCCCAACGAUCCUGACGAUCCCGUCUCACCUGGCAAGCGCGGGGAGCUUGACUCCAAUGGUCCUAAAGCUGAGUUCCCCGGCAAGCGCGCAGAGCUCGACUCCAAUGGUCCUAGCAGACCUGACGGGCCAGACAAGCGCAUGGAGCUCGACUCCAACGGUCCUAGCGUUCCCGCCGGUCCUAGCACUCCUGACGGGCCAGACAAGCGCACGGAGUUUGACUCAAACGGUCCUAAAGCUGAGUUCCCCGGCAAGCGCACGCAGCUUGACUCCAACGGUCCAAGCAAACCUGAGAUCCCCAACAAGCGCACGCAGCAGCACUCAGGCGGUCCUGACAGCCCUGAUGGUAAUUUUCCUGAUGCGGUUUGA